GUAUUUCCCCAGAUAGGGAUGUCCCGUUUUGCAAAACAUUUUGUAGUAAUUCCUGGUGGGUUUCCAGAGCUGCAUUAGUUUACAUUGUUUUUAAACAAGUUAUAAAUCUAGUCCGUGCAAAUAUUUAACCAUACGAUGUAUUAACGACAAUACAGACGUGGCGAAAUCUCGAUAUGUGUAAGCACAUACAGCGAUAUAUAUCUGAUAAUAGGUUACGUUCUUGAUGUUUUGACUUUUAACACAAUUGAACGAUUGAUUUACAUGAAAACAUUGUUGCUAAAUGGAGUCAGUGUCUCCGUUACCGGUUAAGAACUCACGAAAAUUAAUAGAAAAAGACAUUGGCAAGCCAAUAAUAGAAUGCAAACGAGAAUUUACAUUGACACAACAAUUUCCCAGUAGAGUGCCCAAUAAAAGACCAUCAUGUGAAUCAACAGUACCACAGACUUCGAGUAAUUCAUUGAGUAAUGGGGGACAUACAGUAAACAAGUUAAAGAAAAUGAGGAUACGAACGCAGGAUGGCAAAGAUCUUGGGGAAUUCAAUCUGAAAUUUUUACCUCCAGAGUAUCUCAAUGAAACCACUGUUUCCGACAAUUUUCAUCUGACAAGGAACAUAAAUAUGCCUAUCACUCUUUUCUUUGAAAAUGCAGGAAGAGCGACAAAAGUACCACAGACACAAAACUCAGACAUGUUAAACAAUGAUGUUCAAUAUGUAGAUUAUGAUAACUUAGACAAGAAUACAACUGAAAAUCAUUACAAUAAAUUUCAUAGUAACAAAAUAACAAUACAAAACAAUCAGGCUCUGAUAUUACCUAAAGGUAGUAAAGUUAUAAAAAGGAAAGAUAAUUCAUAUAAUGCCAUUAUUAAAAGAAGAUCUACUUCAAGUAAUAUAGUUACAAAAGGAAAGACUAUUUCUGAUAUUAUAGUUAUAGAAAAGACUCCAACCUUUGGCAAUAGAGUUACAAAAGGAAAGACCAGUCCUACUAAUGCAAUUGCAAAAUAUAUGCCUAGCUCGAAUAAUGUAAUUCUGAAAGAAGAGGCAAAUUGUGAUAACAUAGAAGCAUCCAUCUUCAAAGAGAAUGAUAUUGAAACAUCUAACUUUAAAGAAAAUAUAACAGAAACAGCUUUUACAAGAAUUAACAUCUUAAGAAGACCUAAGAUGAAAGUCAAUUCGAUAGAACAAUCAACCGGUGUCCCAAAAAAGUUACUAUCAAAGGAUUAUGUCUCAGAAAGAAUAGUAUCUACGAAAUAUGUUCCAGAAACACCGAUAUUUAAGAAAUCUGUCCCAGAAAAGUUAAUAUCUAAUGAUUGUGUUCUCGAAAAAUUACAGUCAUCUAAGAUCGCUGUAUCUGAGAGAUCUGUAUUAAAAUGUAAAACACCAAGAAAACCUGAAAUAGAAGCUACUACUGUAAAAAAAUCUGAAACAAUGGUUCAUGCGUCGAAAAAAUCUGUAACAAAAGAUGAUACAUCAAAAUUGAAAGAAUACUUAAUACAAUCCAAAUUUCCAUUAGUAGCAUGUGAAAAGCUCAUUAUACCAAAAGAUAAGGGUGUCAUUAAUGGAAUAGAUCAAAUUAUUAAUAAAAUACAUAGUGACAAAUCAAAUUCUUCCCUUUUACAUAUGGAAGGGAAAAAUGAAAGUGGUCAAUGUUUAAAUAUAACAGAGAUAUCUAACAUGCAACCUACAAAAGACGCAGUUGCUGGAAACAAGGUUCAAACUAGUCCAAAUUACAAAAGAACAUUUAUUGAACAAAUAGGUUGUAAUGCUCAAGGAAAUGAUUAUAACUCGGUGCCUGUGUCUAAUGAACCUACGAAUACAGACCCAUGUUUCGAAGCCAAUGAUAGUAGUACAAAUAAUAGUAAAAAAAUAACUAGCAGUGAGUUAAAACCACAAAAUCUAUUACAACAUUGGGAUAUAAUUAAGGAAGCACUGAUUAGUGUGAAGGAUGAAGAACUUCGUGCUAAAGCUUUACAAGCUCUCACAGAUUGUGGUAUAGGUAUAGCAAAACAUGUUCCAAUUAUUCCACCUGAGAACUUGAAAACAGUUCAUGAUUCUCAAGUACAAACCGAUGUAUUUGGACUUCUCGAAUUAGACAAUUUUAUUUUAGUAACAGAGACAACACCCAUAUUAAAAAGAAUAAAUCAAAAGAAUCGCUCUGCAACAACCUCUAUGAUUAUUUCAAACGUAUCGCCACAAGAUUCUGUUAACAAGCAUAAUAAUUAUAAUAAUAACAAUCAGACCUUAGAUAUGCAUUUAUUGCUUGCAGAGGAUCUUGAUGAAAUUAACAAUUUCUUUAAUAAAAAUGAGAAUAGUACGGCAAAGGAAGUAGAACAAAUUUUAACAGACCCAUCAUAUUCAUUGAGAGAUAACCAAGCAAUAUGUACAAAAGUUAUCAGACAACUAAAACGUGACUUUCAGUCCCUGCAAAACUGGGAUGAAAAAGGAAUGCUUUCUAUACACAAAGCAGUAAUAGAUGAUGACCUACAAGAAGUAAAAAGGCUAUUAUUAGUAUUAAAAGCAUGCAGAAUAAGUAUAAACGUAUUAACAGAAGAUUAUAAGACCUGUUUAGAAUUAGCUAUUCAGUCAAAUGCAUCUGAAGAUAUGGUGAAAUUACUAUUAGAAGCUGGUGCAACACCUGUUUCAUUGGAACCUCUACAUGAAUCUGCAAUAAUUAUAGCUUGUAAAUUGUGCUCUCCCUUGUUAUUUAUCAUGCUGCAAUAUGUUACGAAUCAUGAGUUACUCAAUAAAGUAGACGAACAUGGGUUUGCUCCUCUACACUACUGUGCAUUGCGUAACAAUUUGGACGGAGUCAGUGCAUUGUUAAAAACUAAAGUAAACGUAAAUUUGAGGGAUAAUCGUUCCGGAAGAACUCCAAUUUUUCAUGCCAUUGAAAAUAAUCAUAUAUCGAUAGCACGGGAACUAUUGGUUCAUGGAGCCAUUGUGGCCAUACCAAAUUUUUCUGGACAAUCCAUAAUGACUUUAAUAGAAGAAACAAAAAGCUUAUCGCUGAGAGCAGCAUUGAAGCAAAUAAUAUCUUAGUUUGUAUUAGUUUAUUUAGGUGAGUAAAUACUAUGAUAUGAAACAUCACGGUAGCUAUAUAGUCUCGAAAUGGAUCAUGGAACAAACAAAAAAGUUAUGAAAGCAAUCUACUAAAUAGUUACGUAUAUUUCUUUGUUAUUAACUUUGUAGAGAUUUAACUCUUUUAGAACUAAUUGACUCCUUCCUGUACUAUAGUUGCAACGAUUAGAAUUUUUUUGUUAUGUGUGUGUGUUGACGAGUCGGACUCGUUUAAGUACAGUAAGGAGUUAAUUGACAAACUAUUUACUAUGAAAUUACAAAUUUUCUGUUAUAAAAUAUUCGAAAAGUGAUAAAAAUCUGUAUACCUUAUUUUUUGUUAAUGUUCGUGCACUUGUGUCCACCAUUUCUUGCAUUUAUUUGAGUUUUUUGUAAUACUGCCAGUAUGGUUUCGAAUUUGCGUUUAUUUAGCGGGAAUGUUUGAAAUUAUUGAAGACUUUUAUAUCGCAUAAUACUUUUUCAAGUGUAUAUCACAUGUAUAUAUUUAAAUAAAUAUUUCAUAUAAGAAA